AUGGAAGGUAACUACUACCCCAAGUACUUCUUGUAUGUGCUCUUCUUCCUCGGCUCAUGGCUCCUCUGCCUCCUCCACUUCCGCCAGCCGCUCUUCCACCUCCCCGCCGGCGGCACGGCAGUUGUCCUCCCAUUCUCGCGCAAGGCCAGCUUCUUCUCUACCCCUGCGCCCGUUGCUGAUGAUCGGCCCUCGACGGCGCCGUCGUCGUGCGACGGGCGGUACGUGCACAUGGUGGACCUGCCGCCACAGUUUGAUGUCUGCGCCGAGGGCUCUCCGGCGUUUGAGAGCGAGCACAGCAUUUGUCAACUCAUGUCCAAUGCCGGGAUCGGCCCGGUGCUCCUCCCCGCCGGCGACCGCAGCGACGGCGACGACGCGGAUAUCGUCCCCAACACCGGCUGGUACAACACGAACCAGUACGCGCUGGAGGUGAUCUUCCACCACCGGAUGCGGCUGUACGACUGCCUCACCGACGACCCAGCGGCGGCGACGGCGGUGUACGUGCCGUACUACGCAGCGAUGGAGCUGCAGCCGCACACGUGCGGGCUGUUCAACGCCACGGUGAGGGACGGGGCGACGGAGCAGCUGCUGCGCUGGCUGUCGUCGCGGCCGGCGUGGGCGGUGCACGGCGGCCGCGACCACUUCAUGGUGGCCUCCAAGACCUCGUGGAUGUUCCGGAGGGUGCCGGCGGCCGGUGGCGACGACGGCACGGGUUGCGGCAAUAGCUUCAUGGUGAAGCCGGAGUCCAGGAACAUGACGGUGCUCACGUACGAGACCGUCAUCUGGGAGCAGCCGCAGCGGGACUUCGCCGUGCCGUACCCGAGCUACUUCCACCCGUCGUCGGCCGGCGAGGUGGCCGAGUGGCAGGCGCGCGUGCGCGCCGCGCAACGUCCAUGGUUGUUCUCCUUCGCCGGCGCGCGCCGCCCCGGGACGCUGGCCAUCCGCGACCGCAUCUUCGACGCGUGCGACGCCGCGAUGCCGCGCCGUAGCUGCGGGAAGCUCGACUGCGGCGGCCCCGAGGGCAGCAUCACCUGCCGGUCGCCGCGGAAGCUCAUGUCCCUCUUCACCUCCUCCCGCUUCUGUCUGCAGCCGCUGGGCGACUCCUUCAUGCGCCGCUCGUCCGUGGACGCCGUCAUGGCCGGCUGCAUCCCCGUCUUCUUCCAUGAGGCCUCCACCUUCGAGAAGCAGUACUACUGGCACGAGAGGGACCCGGACAGGGGCCGCGGUGCCCGGAGCAACAACGACCACCGGUACUACGUGCUUAUCGACCAGGACGACGUCCUCCAAGGGAAGGUGGGCAUCGAGGAGGCUCUGAGCAGGUACACUGAUGGCGAGGUUGCCGCCAUGAGAGAGGAGGUGAUCAAGAUGAUCCCGAGGUUCCUGUACAAGGACCCUCGGGUGAGGUUCGCAGGGGACAUGAGAGACGCGUUUGACAUCACCAUUGAUGAGGUGAUUGCGAGGAUUAGGAAGAUCAAGAACGGAGAGAAUUCGGGAGGGAAAGAUUACAGUGAUGGAGUUGAGGUUGCCAAUGGCUCAUGACAUUCUAUGGAAUUUUACUGGU